AUGAGCGGCGACGGCGACAGGGACGCCUUCUUCCACUGCCUCGACCGCGUGCCGUCCGGCCUGCACCUCGACGCCGACUUCCCCUCUGAUGAGGACGACGAUGACGAGGACGACGUCCGCGUCUCCUUCGCCUCUGCCAUGGGCGACCACAACUUCCAGAGCUUUCGCAGGUACCAUGCGGCGGUGCUGGAGGAGGAUGAAGAGGAAGAGGAGGCGGAGGACCCGUCCAAGUACGACAUGUGGAUGUCCGACGAGCCCAUGUCCAUCCAGGAGCGCCGGCGCCGCCUGCACCAGGGGCUCGGGAUCGCCAGCAGCCGGGACCUCGCGCUGCGGCGGCACAGCAUGAAGAAGCGCCCGGCCGAUGUACCCCGGAGCAUGUCGAGGCUACUGCCGCCGCCAUCACCAACGCUGCCCACCGCCUCAGCAGAUGUGCCAAGCACUGCGGCAACUCCGGCGUCGAAGGUUGCUGCCGCGGCGCAGCCAGUGAAGGCCAUUACGAGGCGCCGGUCAGACAGCUACCUUGCCGUGCGAGAAGGCGUGUCCGGCUCGGGGAAGCCACCGUCCCAGCCUUUGCGUCGUGUUUGUUCCUUGCCGGCUCGGCAUGACGCCCGCGACAGCGCGCCUAACGGGAAGGCUCAAGCUGUGGUUACACGUGAGUUGCCCGUCGUGCCCCUGCCGGCAGCGCCAGCGGAUAAAGAUCGCAAAGGAAACGGUGACGGCAGGAACGGCGAUGACGGGAGCAAGAACCAGGGCAGCAGCGACAAGGAGGUGGCCGUCGUCGCCGCACCAAAGGACGUUCCGUCGAACACCCAGAUCGGCGUUCAGAUGGGGCUGGAGGAGUUCGAGAAGUUCAUCGGCAACACCCCUAUCAUGAAGCACCUCAUGCGCCGCGGCCAGAGCCAGCACCAACCCGCGCCACCGCCCGCCGGAGUGCCGCCCAAGGCCGACAAGUCCGCUGGCAAGAAGAAGGGCGGCUGGCUCAAGAACAUCAAGUCCGUCGCCAUCGGCUUCAUGCAGGACAAGGACACCAACGCCAAGUCGGCCGCGUCCACGGUGGGUUCCGUGGCCAAGUCGGCCACCACCAAUGCCACCGCCGGGGCGCCACCGGCCUCGUCAUCCGAGAGGCUCAAGGUGCACCAGUACGGCAAGUCGAGCAAGGAGCUCACAGGACUCUACAUGUGCCAGGAGAUCCAGGCGCACGAGGGAUCCAUAUGGAGCAUCAAGUUCAGCGCGGACGGGCGGCGGCUGGCAAGCGCCGGCGAGGACCACGUGGUGCGCGUGUGGCAAGUCGUGGAGACCAGCGCCCCGCCGAGCUCCUUGGUGCAGGACGGUUCCGGCCCCGUGCCCCCACCGCCCCACGGCACGGCGGACGGGUCGUCGACGCCGGGGCUGGCCCAGAUGUCCAAGAAGUCGGCCAAGGGAAAGAGUGGCAGAGACGCGCUCCCCGAGCACCUCGUCGUUCCCGACAAGGUGUUUGCGCUCGCCGAGCAGCCGGCGUGCGUCCUCGAGGGCCACAAGGACGACGUGCUCGACCUCACCUGGUCCAAGUCCGAUCAGCUGCUGUCGUCGUCGAUGGACAAGACGGUGCGGCUGUGGGACACGGCGAGCAAGGCGUGCCUCAAGACGUUCGCGCACAACGAUUACGUGACCUGCAUCCAGUUCAACCCGGUGGACGACCGGUACUUCAUCAGCGGGUCGCUGGACGCCAAGGUGCGCCUGUGGAGCAUCCCUGACCGGCAGGUCGUCGACUGGACCGACCUCAACGAGAUGGUCACCGCAGCCUCCUACACCCCUGAUGGCCAGGGCGCGAUCAUCGGCUCGCAUAAAGGGAGCUGUCGGUUCUACAAGACAACAGGCUGCAAGCUUAGCCAGGAGGCGCAGAUCGAUAUCCAGACCAAAAAGCGCAAGUCGCAAGCGAAGAAGAUAACCGGGUUCCAGUUUGCUCCGGGGAACCUCUCCGAGGUGCUGGUCACCUCUGCCGACUCGCAGAUCCGCGUCUUCGACGGCGUCACCAUGGUCCAAAAGUUCAGAGGUUUCAAGAACACGAGCAGCCAGAUCUCGGCUGCCUACACCUCCGACGGUCGGUACGCCGUGUGCGCGAGCGAGGACUCGCACGUCUACCUCUGGAGGUCCACCCGGGUCGCGCCCACCGCGGCGGCCAUGGGCAUCGGCAUGAAGGCCAAGACGUGGUGCACCACUCGCUCCUACGAGAACUUCUACUCCAAGGACGUCUCGGCCGCCGUCCCAUGGCCACACACGCCGUCCCAGCCGAGCGCCAGCGACAGCCCGUCGUCGCGUGACAAGCAGCAGCAGCAGCAGCAGCAGCAGCAGGGCGCGUCCUGCAACGAGGAGUCGUGCAGCAUGGCGAGCCACGCCACCACCAAGCCGGAGGGAGGAAGAAGCGGCGAGCUGAGCAGCUCCGGGGCGCCGUUGACGCACUCCGGCGAGCUGAACAACUCGUCGCGGCACGGUGGCGGCAAGGGCGCCGACAGCGGCAACGCGUGGGGUCUGGUGGUGGUGACGGCGAGCUUGGGCGGGGAGAUCAGGGUGUACCAGAACUUUGGGAUGCCGUUCAGGAUCAGAGGCCAGGGCAACCUCUUCUACUGAUUGUUAGCUCGAGAUUUCAGAGGAUUGUCGCAAAGGAGCUCUACUAAUCAUAAGAACAAGAUCAUUUUGAUCAUUAGCGACUUCUUUUUUUUCUAACGAUUAUGUGUACAUUUGCAACGCAAUUGAGCUUAGGAGAGGUGGCAU